ACAUGCGCAGUCCCGGCCGCGAGAGGAGCAGGCGGCAGUUGGGCCCGUGGGAGCGAGGUGCAAUCAGUUCUUCCACACUAUUGGUUUUCAUUACACAAUUUGGAUAGAGCACCUUUGAAGAAUUAAGACAUGCUCUUCACACAACAUGCAUGUGUCUGGAUAGAAUGCGACUUACAAGCCUAAAAGUAGCUGCCGCAUCAGGAGAUAGAGUUGUGCAUAGCUGCGAGGUGUCAGUCGAGGUGCAGGUUCUGUAAUGCAGUUUUUCUGUGACACGAGGUCUGAGAACGCAACCCUUGCGUUGCAGGAGUACCGAUUGAAUCGCUCAGGCUCAUGGCCUUCGGGGUGAUAAACAGAAGGCGGCAUAAUGGACUUCAGCAGCUUUCGUCGUUAGCAGCAACAGGUAGAACUUUCCUCGGGCCAGUAAAGUCCUCAAAGUUUAUUGUAGAUGAAAGCACAUUGGAGAGUGUCCUCACCUGCUCAGUCGUCAGGCUUCUUGAGAGUUUGGAUUUAACCAGUGCCGUGGGACAGCUUCUUAACGAAACGGUCCAGGCCCAGAACAGCACAUAUGGAACUGGGACCAGUACCUUGUUGUUUCUGGCUGGGGCCUGGAGCAACGCGGCCCUGGAAUGCCUCCGGCAAGACAUUCCCGCCCCCGUGAUCGUGGCAGUGAUGUCGGAGGGACUCCGCUCCUGCAGUGAAGAAAUAAGAUCCCUUCAGGUGACUGUACGAGAUGUGCGGAGCAAUGUGGAAUCCACAGAGAGAAGGCCAGUUCUCCAAACACCCAGCAGAGUUCCGAUGCUUCUUGGACCCACGGUUACAGACCGUAGUUUGUCAGAGAAAGGGACCCAGGCAGGGGAGUCUUCCCCACAGCCACCGGCCACUUGCAGUUUUGACAGACUGCGGAAAACCCCUUGCAGGACUUCACACUUGCUCCUUCAGAGUGGUGCCGGGGAUAAAGAAGUCUGUGCUGAAAGCAAUUUCCAAAGUGCAGGGAGGACGUUGCUCCCAGACCUUUCCAGAAGGAAACCAAGACUAACUCACAGUAGACACUUUAGCAGGGAAACUCACCGCCGUCAUCCGACUUACCAACCAGACGGACCUCUAGAGCCACACAGCGGGGCGGCAACCAGCUUUAGUGACUGUGAUGAUCUGGGGCAGCUUGCAGCGGCUCUUAGCCACGGAGACCAAGGCAGUAUGAAAUUAGCGGAAGCAGCGGUCAGAUGCCAACGCGGGGCUGUGGCGGUGAGGCCCGGAGGCGGCACCAGACCGUUUUCAUUUGACAUUUCACGCAUUGUCACCUGCUGUUUGCCCGGUGCCCCGGAGUCCCGGUCUUGUGUCCGUUCAGGAUUCGGGACACUAGUGUCGACUGCUGUCGCGGCAGCGAUUAUGAGGCUUCGGGGUCGGCUUCUCCGGGUCGUCCUCUUGGACGGCGACCUCACCGAGAGUUACCGCCACCUGGGGUUUAAUCGGUCUGGAAACGUGAAGACUGUUUGGGAAAGCGGGAGGCGGCACCAGGACAGCGCAGAGCCGUGGACCAACCGGGCGCUGGAAGUACUACUACAUUACAGUGUGAACCUAGUUCUGGUACGAGGUGGUAUCUGUGAAACUCUGAUGGAAAGGUGUCUGUCCAGUGACCAAGUGAUCAUUGGCUCGGUGGCUCAGAAUGUGUUGCAGGCUUUUGCGGAGGUAACGGGAGGCUUGGUGGUGUCUUAUAUCACACAGGUGGGUCCGGAGUGCGUGGGCAGCGGCGUCUGCGUGCACCUCUGGAGGACGGAGUCAGUGGCCGUGGAGGAAUGGGGUGGCAGGGUGGCCGCCUUGUUCACGGCCGAAGGGAUUUCUCUGGUAACCGUGGUGCUCGGGGGUCCCGUCACAGCCCAGAUGCAAACCAAGGAAGAUCGGUUCUGGACCUGCACUCACCGCCUCCACUGGGCUCUGGUCGAUCAGAAGGUCUUCCUCGGAGGUGGGGCGGUUGAGUUCUUGUGCCUUAGUCACCUGCAGGAGCUUGAAGAGCGGUCUUUGAGAAACGGAGACCAACACAAUUUGGGAUGGCGUCCUAAUGCUUCCUCCUGGCAGGCCUCAUCCAUAGCCCUGUAUAGGCCUGUCGUGCUCAGAUCACUGGCAAAUGGGUGGCACGAUUACCUCACAGCUAUCAUGUGUAACGCAGCUAGUUUCCCCUCUGAGUUUGAAGCCCGCACGUUCAUCGACCACCAUCUCCAAAAAGCCACGGGCCACAGGUCUCCAUUAUCUUACGUUCGGAGUCAUUACGGCCAGCUGAUUAGCGGAGCGUUUCAAUCUGGGAUUCUGGGUGAACUGGGGGAGCUGGGGAGGGUUUACGACAACGUCACCCCAAAGUUGGAAGCCUGGCGCAGAGCCCUGGACUUGGUGCUCUUGGUGCUCCAGACCGACACAGAAAUUAUCUCCGGGCUUGAGAGCGCACAAUUAAAUUCACCGGCGUCGGUGGAAUUUUUGUUCUUGUAGUUUUGCCUGAUUAUAAGCCCUUGGAAAAUAGUUAUUUGUAAAGAGUCCAUCCCAUAUCAGAAUCCAGGACCCUCUCCAAAGAAUCUUUAAGAAAACAAACGAUCCAGAGGAAAACAAUCCACAUCUUCAGUUGGACCUGGAAGUGAGAAGGAAGAGUAGGUACUUUUUUUGGGGGGGUGAGGGGGAGAGACGGUGCUUCUUAAAAAGAAACUAUCGACAUUAAGGACAGAAUCUCAGGAUGUUAAAAGAACUCAGCCUCAGCACAGAGGCUGAGUUACUUUGGCAGAAUUCCUGAAAAAUGCAAGCACUUUCCCAGGACUUUGGUUAAGGGAAAAAACGAAAUACUUCCAGGUAGCAAUGUGGUCUCUAGGGUAGCUAACUGGAAGGCUAUUAUUGCUGAGGCACUGGAACAGGAAGAGGAAUUUGAUUUUUAAGCUCAUUUGGAUGGGAAAAAAUACAUUCAUGCAGGAUGUCAAGUAAAAGGAAUUGCUGUUCAUCAUCAUCUUCCACAUAGCUUUGCGGCGUCUUGCCGAGACCGUGGGUUCAACCUCAUUGUGUCUUCUUUGUGCAAGGCUGAAUAGCCUGGAAAUGUAGAUGGGUGGUCGAAGUGGUGCUUGCUGGCAGGGAAUCAUUGGGGCCUUAGAGGGAAGAAUCCAGGUCUGGGAGUGAGAGGACCUGACUUCUCAUCUCGGUUCUGUCACUUACCUGCUGGGUGGCCUUGAGUAAGGCACAUAAGUUUUCCGGACCGCAGUUUCUUCAUCUGUAAAAUGGAGAUUCAAUACCUGUUUUUUUAAUAUCAUUAUUAUUAUUACUGCUCCUAC